AUGGGACUGGAGCCAGCAGCAAUUGUCGUACCACCUAGUUCCACCCUCUACAAGGUCCAUCCUGUGCACUGUGAUAAGCCACCAACGACUCCCAUGGAAUCACAGCCUGAGGAUCCAAUGGCUCCCACCCAACCCCUGCCACUGCCACCCAGUAAAUGCCCUGCCACAGAUUUUUCAUGUGCUUGUGAGCAGAUCCUUGCCUGCUGGGCUCUCAAAGCUGCGUCAUCCUCUUCAAUAGCAGAUCUUGCCCACACUGCCACUGCACCACCUAUUUCAACUGCACCAGCACCAGUGACCAUGGAUGCAGCAUGCUGCAAAUACAUCGACCUCGGUGCCCUCAUACAAGCAAAAUCAAAACAGCAGGUAACCCAGGCUGGCCUGCUGAUGCAGCAGUCCAAGUCUACAGCAAUGCAGGCUGUUGAGGCGUCUUCAGUGGGCUCUGCCGCCAUUACUGAUGACCCUCUUUUGAGCACAAAUUCAAUGGCCUUGCCUGAUCCUGACUGUGCUGGAUUACUCUGCUUCCUCACUUUCCCUGUGUGCUGCAUCAUGCUGGUGGAGCAGCACAUUAAGCAGGAGAUCAUCUUCUUGCACCAGGUGCUCAUCCAGGACAUCCCAGGUAUUGAAUCGAUGCUGGAGUGCUAUGUUACAAACUGCAAUUGGACUAUCAGACACACCAAAGAGCUGAUGGAGCUCACCAGCAUCCACAACCAGGAUCUUUUGCAUAUCAAUGCUCACCUUGAUCAGUUCCAUGCAAGACUCCACAACACCUUGGCCACCACCACCGAUGCCUCUCCUACAUCUGGCUCUGGCACCCCAUCAGCCUCAAAUGCUGGUGAUUCUUAG